CUCGCCGCACGCUGAGCUCCUCUCCGGUCCGGCCGGCGGGGUGGCGGCGGGCGGCCGCUGUCGCUCCAAGCCCAAGGUCGACGUGACGGGACGACCCUCCCCGCCCCCGCCAGCCAGUCCAAGGCUGCAGCUCGUUGUGGAAGGACGCCGCCCGAAGGACUACCUAGCAGUGCUCAGCCCCGACAGUGACGCCCUCCGCCCUCCUUUCGCACUUUGCAGUGCUUUCCGCGAGCCAAGAAGGCCGCACAGCUCCGUCCGGGACUCGUCGCCACUGAGGACAUCAGGGCCGCCGCCAUGGAGUGCGACAUCUGCAUGGAGGACUACGACCAGGGGGAGCACGUCCCGAAGAUGGUGCCGUGCGGCCACACCGUGUGCCUCAAGUGCCUCCAGAAGAGCGACAAGAGGGAGUGCCCGACCUGCCGCAGGGCGUUUAAACCUGCUCCCAAGGCGCUUCCAAACAACUAUAAUCUUCUCCGGCUGAUGUGUCAAUGCGAUAAUAACCUUACCCCCGUAAUGAUGUGGUGCUCGGAGUGCGGCGCGGCCGCCACGAUCGAGUGCAAGCACGGCGAGCACGACAUUCUCCCCGUCACCAAGGCCCUGAGGCGCCACCUCCAGGGCGUGCUGCCGAGGGCCUCGGACCAGCUCGAGGACCUGCCGGACAAGUGCACGUCGGAGCAGGCCGUGCAGGCCAUGACCAUGCUGGCCGGCAAGUCCUGGGAGGUGACGCUCAAGGGCGACAAGUGCUCGCUCAAGGGAAUGGUGUGGAACCGCGACAAGGACCCGCUCAUCGAGGCCGUCUGGCUCGCGCUGUCGACCAAAGCCGUCUUCGCCGGGGUGCCCAACGUGGAGUGGAUGCGGGAGCUCGACGUCAACGACCUCUGUCUGCACAAGCCCAACGAGAAGCCCGUGGAGAAGGCGACUGCCCUGCGGGAAGCGCAAGGCAUAUUCAGGAUUAGCGGCCUGAAGUGCGACGACGACCCCGCCUGGAGCCUCAAGCUGCUGCAGGUCGCCGCGCCCACGCUGCAGGAGCUGCAGGUUUGUGUCCGAUUCCAGGCCCACCUGCAGGUGAUCCACUCCAUGCCGCUGCUCAAGCGGAUGUUCAUGAUGAGCGACAUGAGCCGUGAGCCCGCCCUGGCCUCCCCCCAGUUCUCUCUGCCGCCGCUGCCUCCGGGCCACGGCGGCGGCCUGCAAUGGCUCACCGUCAUGACCCCCAGCAGCUGGGUGCUGCGGGCGAUGCUGCUGGCCAACGCGGGCUCGCUGGAGGUGCUGCAGCUCACAGUGGGCACGCCGGGCAAGCUCCCGUGGCCCUUGUCCUGCAGCGACCUGCCCGCCGUGCUGGGCGGCUGCGGCCUCCGCGUGCUCAAGACCGUCGUGCUGGGCAGGGACAUGCAGGGCCUGAUCAGCCACGCGCCCGCCGCCUGCAAGAAGCAGUGCAACGCCGUGCGGCGCGCGCUGCCCGUGACCGUGGAGGUGUUCUGCGACCUGUGCGACGGCGUGGAGUACGACUGCUUCCACGAGGAGAAAAAGCCUAACCCGGAGCUGAUGGUGGGCAAGAUCUGGAAGGAAGAGCUGUACAAUUAGCCUAUGUAUUUUAAACAAACGAUGUAAUCUUCUUUUAGAGCAAUCGACUACUACUUUGAGUCAAGUAUCGCUAAAACAUUAUAAUGUUGAAUGAAUUCAGGAAAGGAAAUAAUCAGUGAUUUUUUUAAACGUA